UCUCUUGUGAUGACCAGCAUGCAUACUCAGGAACAGGAAACAGUAUUAUCAGUGAUUAAAAAGUUAGGAGGAUUUUUAUUGGUGGAUAAUGUAUCUGAUACAACAACUCAUGUAGUUUGUGGGGACGCCAGGAGAACUCUCAAUCUAGUUAAUGGUGUGGCUCGAGGAUGCUGGAUUCUUAAACAGGAUUGGGUAUUAAAGUCACGAGAUGAAGGUAGCUGGUUGGAAGAAGAAGAUUAUGAAUUCUCUGAUGUUUAUCCUCAAGUUAAGGUG